AUGGCACCAUCUUCUCCUUUUGUAAGCAAUUUGCAGUACUGUCCUCGAUGGAAGUACGAUGUCUUUAUGAGUUUUAGAGGUGAAGAUACUCGUAAAACAUUUACAGGUCACUUGUACGAAGGUUUGAAAAACAGGGGAAUAUUCACCUUUCAAGAUGAUAAAAGGCUAGAGCAUGGUGAUUCGAUUACAGAAGAACUCUUGAAAGCUAUCGAAGAGUCUCAAGUUGCCCUUGUAGUUUUUUCAGAGAAUUAUGCUACAUCGAGGUGGUGCUUGAAUGAACUAGUGAAAAUUAUGGAAUGCAAGAAGGAAGAAAAUAGACAAAUAGUCAUACCGAUAUUCUAUAAUGUGGAUCCAGCACAUGUUCGUCACCAAGGAGAGAGCUUUGCAAAAGCAUUUGCCAAACAUGAAUCGAAGUAUAAGGAUGAUGUCGAGGAAAUGGAGAAGGUACAAAGAUGGAGGACUGCCUUAACUGCUGCCGCAGAUCUAGAAGGAUAUGACAUCCGCCAAGGGGUUGAAUCAGAGAACAUUCAACAAAUUGUUAACCAAAUUUCGUCCAAAUUAUGCAAGACUUCAGUAUCUUAUUUGCAAAAUAUUGUGGGAAUAGAUACUCACUUAGAGGAAGUAAAAUCCCAACUAAAGCUUGGAAUCAAUGAUGUUCGAAUUGUGGGGAUCUGGGGCAUGGGGGGAAUUGGUAAAACGACAGUAGCAAGGGCAAUUUUUGACACACUCUCGUGCCAAUUUGCAGAUGCUAGUUUCAUUGCGGAUAUUAAAGAAAACAAAUGUGGAAUGCAUUCUUUGCAAAAUAUCCUUCUCUCAGAACUAUUAAGGAAAAAAGAUAAUUAUGUGAAUAAUAAGGAGGACGGAAAGCACAUGAUAGCUCGUAGACUUCGUUUUAAGAAGGUUUUAGUUGUGCUUGAUGACAUAGAUCACAGAGACCAUUUGGAUUACCUAGUAGGAAAUCUUGAUUGGUAUGGUGAUGGGAGUAGAAUUAUUGUAACAACUAGAGACAAGCAUUUGAUUGAGACGAAUGAUGUAGUAUAUGAAAUGACUACACUAGCGGACCAUCAAGCUAUUAAAUUGUUCAAUCAAUAUGCUUUCAUCAAAGAAGAAGUUCCAAACAAAUGUUUUGAGAAGCUCUCAAUGGAGGUUGUACAUCAUGCUAGAGGCCUUCCUUUAGCCUUGAAAGUGUGGGGUUCUUUAUUACAUAAGAGGGACAUAACCGAGUGGAGAAGUGCUAUUGAGGAAAUGAAAAAUAACUGUAAUUCAGAAAUUGUUGAAAAGCUUAGAAUUAGCUAUGAUAGAUUGAAUAUCAUACAACAAGAUAUAUUUCUGGAUAUAUCAUGCUUCUUUCGAGGGAAAGAUAAAGAUUAUAUCAUGCAAAUUCUUGAGAGCUGUUAUUCUGGAGCAAAUAUCGGAUUGCGUAUCUUAAUGGACAAAUCUCUUGUGUUCAUCUCUAUAAAUAAUACUAUUGAAAUGCAUGACUUAAUACAAGAGAUGGGUAAAUACGUGGUGAAAAUGCAAAAAAAAUCGGGAGAACCUAGCAGAAUAUGGCACACUGAAGAUUUCAAAGAAGUUAUGGUCAACAACACAGGAACCAUGACAAUAGAAGCAAUUUGGUUUACUUGCUUUGAACAAAUAUGCUUUAAUAAAGAGGUGAUGAAAAAUAUGAAAAGGCUUAGGAUAUUAUGCAUAGCUGAUGGUAGGCUAAACCGUUUCUCUUCGCCCCAUUCUUCCAUUGAUUCGAAAUACAUUCUCAAUGGCUCCAUUGAGUUUCUGUCCAACAACUUGCAAUGGGUUUACUGGGAGCAAUAUCCUUGGGUGUCAUUGCCAGACAAUUUUAAACCCCAAAGGCUUGUUCAUCUCUAUCUCGGGUGGAGUUUGUUGCAUGAUUUAUGGACAAAAAGAAAGCUUUUGCCGUGUCUACGAUGGCUAGAUCUCAGCUUCUCUGAUAGGCUGAUGCAAACACCAAAUUUCACAGGGAUGCCAAAUUUGGAGUGUUUGAAUCUGAAGAGAUGUAGGAGUCUUAAAAAGGUGCAUCCUUCACUGGGAAAUUGCAAAAAACUCAAUAAGUUAAGUUUGUAUCGUUGUAAAAGCCUUGAGAGGUUUCCAUGUGUUAAUGUGGAGUCUCUUGAACAUCUGGAUCUAGAGGGCUGCUUAAAAUUAGAUAAAUUUCCAAAUUUCUUUGGGAGAAUGAAGUUGGAGUUAGAGAUUAAGGUAGAAGGCACUGGUAUAAGGGAACUACCCUCAUCUAUUCAGUAUCUAACUCAUAUUACCAAGAAACAUUUGCUAGGCAUGAAAAACCUUGAAGCUCCUUUUACCGAGCUAGAUUUGGCGGGCAUGAAAAAACUUAUAGCUCUUCCGAGCAGCAUUGGCAUGCUGAAAGGUUUGGUGAAGCUAGAUGUGUCAUGGUGCUUAAAACUUGAAAGCUUGCCAGAAGAGAUAGGUGAUUUAGAGAACUUGGUGAAUCUUGAUGCGAGCUGCACUAGAAUUUCAAAACCUCCAUCUUCCAUCGUCCGCUUGAACAAGCUUAAAUUCUUGAAUUUUGCAGGACAAUGUUUAGAAGAUGGAGUGUACUUUGUGUUCCCUCAGGUGAAUGAAGGGUUACGCUCAUUGGAAAUUCUGAAUCUCAGUUCAUGCAAUUUAAUAGAUGGAGGACUUCCAGAAGACAUUGGAUGCUUAUCGUCUUUGAAAAAGUUGGAUCUCAGUAAAAACAAUUUUGAGCAUUUGCCUCGAAGCAUAGCCCAACUUGGUGCUCUUGAAGCCUUGUACUUAUCAUAUUGCAAGAGGCUUACACAGUUGCCAGAAUUUCCGGAGCAGUUAGAUAAAAUAGAUGCAUAUUGGAGCAAUGAUUCAAUCUGUAAUUCGUUGUUUCAGAAUAUCUCAUCAUUGCAGCAGCAUGACAUCUCUGCUUCAGAUUCCUUGUCAUUAAGAGCGUUCGUUAGUUGGGAGGAGAAUAUCCCUAGUUGGUUCCACCAUCGAGGAUUUGAUAAAAGCGUAUCAGUCAAUUUGCCUGAAAACUGGUACGUUCGUGAUAACUUCUUGGGAUUUGCUGUAUGUUACAGUGGUGAAUUAAUUGACAUGACAGCUCAGUUGAUUUCCUUAUGUGAUGAUGGGACCUCGGGUAUCACCCGGAAGCUUGCCUUAUCCAACCAUUCAGAUUGGAAUUCUAAGAUUUAUUUUUUCUUGAUACCUUUUGCUGGCUUAUGGGAUACAUGUAAGGCAAUUGGGAAAACACCAAAUGACUAUGGGCUUAUUACAUUAUGUUUCUCUGGAGAAAUGAACAAGUAUGGAUUACGUUUGUUGUAUAAAGAUGAUCCUGAGUUUGACGCGAAUUGCUCCUCUUCUACGAAACAUUCUAAUAUUAUUGGGAGAGUGAUGUUUGAAACCAAAGGGGAGCUUUGCAGAAGCAUUUGCCAAAAAAAUUGUAAGGAUGAUGGUGAUGGCCUGAUAGGAUGCACGCAGAAGGUGCAAGUAUGGAGGAUUGCCCUAACUGCUGCCACAAAUCAGAAAGGAUAUGUAUUGUGA